CAAAGAAAGAGGUAUAUAUGUAUGAUGAUUUCAUUUAAUAGCCUUAGUUAAAGAGGUUUUUUCAAGGGAUUGUUGGAACUCGUGUAAGCUUUUGCCAAACCGAAGCUUUCGCCGGAAAAUAGCAAUUGUUUUCCAGGGAGGUAGCUAGGGUUGUUGAGAGAUGGGGAGGGGUAAAAUCGAGAUAAAGAGGAUCGAGAACAACACGAGUCGACAGGUGACCUUCUGCAAGCGUAGGAAUGGCCUUUUGAAGAAGGCUUAUGAGCUCUCCGUUCUCUGCGAUGCAGAAGUUGCCCUCAUCGUCUUCUCCAGCCGCGGUCGCCUCUACGAAUACGCUAACAACAACUGCAUUAGAUCAAUCAUUGAGAGAUACAAGAAAGCAACUAUAGAUGGUUCAAAUGGUUGCACUACUCAAGAAAGCAAUACCCAAUUUUACCAACAAGAGUCCAGGAAGCUGAGCCAGCAAAUACAGAUGCUCCAGGACACAAACAGGCAUCUAAGGGGUGAAGGGUUGAGCUCUUUAAAUGUGAAGGAGUUGAAGCAGCUGGAGAGUAGGCUUGAGAGAGGCAUCUCAAGAAUCAGGGGCAAGAAGCAUGAACUGAUCCUUGAAGAAACUGAGUGUCUGCUGAAAAGGGAAGCUCAGCUCGAGCAGGAAAAUGCAUCCCUCAGAGCCAAGAUUCAAGAAAAUGAGAAGCUUCAGCAACUGAGCAUGAUGCCAGGUGGGCAAGACUUUGCCUUACAGGCAUACUAUGCAAGAAAUAUGCUGCAACUCAACAUGAUGGAGAGUGGAUCUGGCUAUGAAGCAGCUUCUUCAGACAGGAAAACCGUUCAUCUUGGGUAUUAGUUAAGUGACUAUGAGGCUGACUGCAAGUAUGGGGGUAACAAGCUUAAGGAAGUAAAAAACUUAGUAUUUCAAGUGUUUAAUUGGAUUGGAUCUAGUAUAAGUAGUAGUGCCUGCCGUUUGAUGAUGAUGAUCUCAAGACAUGAAUUUGCUGAUUUGUUUUGUUAAUUUGUGGUCGGAUAAUUUCUUAUCUUAUGUCA